AUGGGCUCCUAUUUGCCUACUUGCGGUGGAUGCAGACGCGGAUGCUGUCACGGGCAUGGCUAUGGACACGCUAUGCCCAACGCUGGCGAACCAUAUCCAGGGAAUAUUAACAGGCCCUGCAUGGGUCAUUGCAAUCCACCAAAACUUUACGCAGACACUUAUAGCUACUUAAACAACCAUCUUAUGCAACCGGUUGUGCAAGAGGUUUACAAUGACUUGAAAACUAUUACGCCGGCGAAUACCAUCAUGAAUAAUCCAAUGGCAAGCAAAAUGGGACUUGAACAAAACGUUACUGGGAUGAACAUGAUGCAAAACAACGAUAACCAUCCGACUGCAGGCAACAUUCCAAAUGAAAUACCGAAUAUGUCUGAAAAUAUGAACUCUAUGUCAAUACAACAAACACAUCAACCGAUGAACAAUAUGGGUGGCAUGGGACCAGAAAUUGCCAAAAUGAUUUUAGGAGAUAGCGGGCCUAAGCAAAAUAAUCAACAAAUUCCUGUACAAGGAAGACAGUUGGAAGCAUCCAUGAUAUCUAAUGUACGUCAGUCACCACAAGGCAACAUGGGAGUUACUGGGAUGAAUCCGAGCGGUCAAAUGUAUACCGACGUUAAUCAAGGAUACACAUCAAAUCAAAAUCAGUCUACAGCUAAUAUGAAUCAAACUCAAUACCAGCAACCUACACCACAACAGUUCAUUCCAAUCCCCCAUUCUGCAACGAAUACCAAUAACAAUUUUAUACCUCAAAAUCAGGAGAAUAUGCCGAUGAGAAAUACAGGCAAUUCAGCUGCUCAACAAAUGGGAGAGUCGAAUCAACGUGCAUAUGCGCAACACACUCAAGGUGUCAUGAAAUUUAAUCAGAUGUUCCCAGGUGUCAUGCAAGGAGGAGAUCUUGGGUUUGAUCCAAUGGCUAUUGCUAUACAAAUGAAUCCUGCAAAUCAACAAAAAGCAGCAAUGGAAACUAUGCAGAAGUUAAUGAACGGUACUCCAAUAAAUAAAGCUGAAAAUUUGUCCGCACAACCUCCAGCCAAUAUUGCUCAACCGCCGUUUACACCAACUCCCCAAAAUCAGAACUAUUUAUCAAACAACCAACAAUUCUCAAAUCAACCGACCGUUUCACCUAGUCAAAACUUAAAUCAACAAAUAAUACCCAUGCAACAACAAAUUGAAAAUACAAACGCAGUAAACAAUCCUAUUACGACGACCCAGCAUAGUCCUGUUCCACAGCACCAACAGCAAAUUUAUUCAGUUGUCACUGAUUCUACUCAACAACAUGCGUAUCAAAAACCCUCAGACCUACAGAAUCAACAGAUGCCUGAAUCAGGAAUACCAACGACUCAACCUGUUAACCUAGGUAUAAACAAUCCAAAUACUCAGAUGCAAGUACAACCAGCACCAACGCAAUAUCAAUCUCCGGAAACACAACAAAUCACAAAGGACCCUAUACUCCCAGUCGAUACGUCUAGAAAUCAGCCAUCUUACUAUGUUAAACCUAAGAGCCGUUAUGAGUUUAACACUCUUGGGCAACCAGUGCAAAUGUUGCCUGCACAGGUAUUCCACGAACCUGAACCACGCCUGCCACAAACGCUGUCUCCUCAACCUAUACCAUCAAAAUUACGAAACAAUCAAAAUAAUUACAGCAAUGUAAAGUCAACAGUGAGUAAAACAUCCAUUAUCGGAAAAGGACACAUUCCAAGAGCUGUAAGCAAAAGCCAAUUGCAACAUCUUUAUAAUCAAUACAAGGGUUCGCAGUCAUUCACGCAACAAAACGUUACGUCUCCCGUUCAGGCACCUACACAUUCAGAUGGGAAAUUGAACAUUGUACAACCAAAUACACGCCCCCAACAAUUGAUUCCAGUAGAGAAAUUCGGAGGCGAUAAUAAUGCAAAUAAUGUUUCAAAUAAUAUUCAAAUACCAGCGAAAGUGCAAAAAGAUAUGGAACAAGUAGGAGAUGUUCUGCCUUCUAACAAACCUAACGAAGUCAUCGAGCCUGCAAAGGCGACGCCAACAAUCCCAACUCGUCAGGCGAAAUUGAGGAAUGGUUUGCAAGAUGUGGUUUAUACCUCAUACCCCUCAUCGGCGGCAUGGUCGUUUCACGGAGCAAACGACUACCGACCUGUUCCAGCGAGAUACCGUUUCCGUGAAUUCAAAUAA